AUGGUCACAUAUACCUCACUGAAAAAGCCUUUGAACACGUCUCUCAGACAAGCACCCUGUGUGGUGUAUUGGUUAGUAUACAUGCAUCAUCAGGGUUUAGUAUGGUGUCCAUCUUUCCUUUUACAAAUCCAUAUCCUUCUCAUGUUCACAGUUACAGUUCACUCUGCUCACGUAUAAAUUGAAUUGGAAAUUAGCGGACACCGCUCAUGACUUCUGUUAUACUCCCAGCCCUAAGUGCUGCUUCAAAGUCACGGACGGCUUUGACUGAGUGGAAUCGAGUACUACUCACCCACUCGGGAGACAUUGCUUGUUUGGAUAUCUUCUUUUUUCUGUCAGUUUGCUUGCGGACUCGAAGCCGAUGUGCCAUUGAAAAGAGCGUGU